AUGUCGUGGUGCACGAUCGAGUCUGACCCCGGUGUGUUCACCGCUCUCAUCGAGGACAUUGGUGUCAAAGGCGUGCAGGUUGAAGAGCUCUAUACGUUAGACGAGCAGCAAUUCUCCGAUCUGUCGCCCGUUUUCGGUCUCGUGUUCCUCUUCAAGUACGAGUCCAACCACGGGGAGGACGCAGAGCCCCCAGUCUUUGCCAGUGAAGGAGAUGGGGUCUUCUUCGCCAAGCAGGUGAUCAGCAACGCCUGUGCCACACAAGCGAUCUUGUCUAUCCUACUGAACGCACAGGACGUGGAGCUUGGCGAGACGCUGUUAGAGUUCAAGGCCUUCACGGGUGAUUUUCCGUCGGAUCUUAAAGGUUUGGCCAUCUCAAACAGCGACAAGAUCCGUCUGGCCCACAAUUCCUUUGCUCGAGCCGAGCCUUUCGUCGUGGAAGAGAGAAAAGCGACCGAGGACGACGACGUGUAUCACUUUGUGGCUUACGUGCCCGUGAACGGCAAAGUCUACGAGCUGGACGGACUACGAGAAGGGCCGAUCUGUCUUGGAGACGUGCCAGAUGCUGCGAACCGCGACUCGUGGCUGCAGGUGGCGUGUCCUGUGAUCCAGAAGAGGAUCGAGAAGUACUCGGCCACAGAGAUCCGCUUCAAUCUGCUGGCACUGGUGAAGAACCGAAUACAGACGUACGAAGAGCAGCUCCAAGCGGUCAUUGAAGGCGGGGGAAGCGAGCAACAGGCGGCGCAGAUCCAAGCAGAUCUUGCUGCAGAGCAGCAGAAGCGCGAAAAUUGGGCUCUGGAGAACAAGCGCCGCAAGCACAACUACAUCCCGUUCAUCAUGCAGCUGCUCAGGACGCUGGCCGAGAAGAAGCAAUUGGAGCCGCUUAUCAAGCAGCAGCUGGACGCCCGUAACGCGACGGAUGCCAACACAGCCAAACCCACGAACGCCCAGUAG